GUUAGAUUAAAUGGGCAUAAAUGUAACUUAUCAAAUAGCUUCAAUAGCAUUGAUGGCUGCCCCACGUCGCCGUCCUUACCAGCCUAGUUAUUUCCGUCCUGUAUCGCUGCCUGCGACUCGAAGAAGGACCGUGGAUACAUCCUAUUCCUGACAGCUUUGGCUGUGCGCCAAGUCCGUUGACUGCAGAAGGGCGGCUGUACCCGGUCCUGUAAACAUUGCCUGCCCGCCAGCCCAGUCCCGACCUCCCUCCCUGCCCCCGGGAGUCCGCGGAGGGCCGACCCACGCGCCGCAGACAGCUAGCGUGCAGUUUUGAAGUCCAGUGGGCGAGUGGCGUGACCGUCCCUACCUACGAGACAUCGGUGGGGCAGGGCCCGACCCAGAGAAGGUUUUCCUGCACCGCCCUCUGGAGCGCGUGAGCUGGAAACCGUAAUUGUGCUCAAGGUCUGCUGAGGACGUGCGGGGCGGGUGUGGGGUGGGGCGGGGUGUGCUGUCUGUGAGCCCGUGCAGAGGGCAGUGUGAGCCAGCUCUCCGCCGGUGACAGUCCGCCCGGUCCGCAGCUGGCUGGCGUGCACGGUGGCGCGCGUCACGCCUUACGCUCGUGACGGGGUGGUGACCGGCGCGGCUCGUGACGUCGUGACGCAGCGUCAUGACGGCGGGAGGAGGGGACGGCUGUACCGAGCCGGCCGGUCUGACACAGGCCCAGUUCCGGAGACGGUUCCACUACAGGCCGCCGCAGCGGGACAAAGGCGGCCCAGAGCGACUCUGGCGCUCCUGUCGUCCCGACACCGCCUGCGUCUCACGCUGCCUCCGCCGCCGUCUACCGAUCCUCGCCUGGCUGCCCGCCUACCGUUACCAUGACGACCUGUUUGGUGACGUCAUCGCAGGCACCACAGUGGCCAUCAUGCACAUACCACAAGGUAUGGCGUAUGCUCUGCUGGCGGGCAUCCCGGCCAUCCACGGCCUCUACAUGGCGUUCUUCCAGUGUCUGGUGUAUGCCGUGAUGGGGACGUCGCGGCACCUAUCUGUUGGGACAUUCGCUGUCACGUGCAUCAUGACUGGGAAGGUGGUCGUCGAGUACUCGGGCCCAGCGGCGGCCCGGACGGGUGCCGUGUAUGACCCCGUGUUGGUGGCCACAACCGUCACACUAGCCGUGGGCAUCAUCCAGUUGGUGCUGUUCUCGGUGCGUCUGACGGCGCUGGCGGUGGUGCUCUCCGAGAUGUUGGUGCAGGGCUUCACCACUGGUGCCGCGGUGCACGUACUACUUUCACAGGUGCCUAGUCUGCUCGGCCUGGAGCGACCCCUCUUUUCGGGACCCGGCCGACUGCUCAAGCUUACGGGUGCCAUCAUCCAGAAGCUGGCAACUGCUAAUACAGCCUCCAUUGUGAUAUCUGCAACGACCAUCGUCAUCCUUGUGCUCAACAACGAACUCGUCAAGCCCAGACUGGCCAAGUGGACCCGCGUGCCGUUUCCCAUCGAGCUGCUGGUGGUGCUGGUCGGUACACUGGGGUCCUAUCUGGGAGAUCUGUCCGGGCGAUACGAGGUCCAGGUCAUCGGCAACGUUACAACAGGUCUGCCGCAGCCGAGUAGUCCGUCCCUGGUCCUCCUGCCUCGCGUGUUACUCGACUCAGCAGUGAUAGCCGUGGUCACCUACUCUGCCGGCCUGUCCAUGGCCCAGCUGCUGGCUACCAAACACGGCUACACCGUGGACGCCAGCCAGGAGAUGCUGGCACAGGGUGUCGGUAACCUAUUCUCGGCCUGGUUUCUGUGCGCUCCAAUGGCCGCCUCUCUGUCUCGCUCUCUGAUCGUGGACGGAACCGGCGGCCGGACCCAGGCCUCUGGGAUUAUCACCGCUCUGCUGCUGCUGGCUGUGCUUCUAUGGCUCGGACCGCUCUUCUCUCUGCUGCCAAAGUGCGUGCUCAGCGCCGUGAUCGUGGUCUCGCUGAAGGGCCUGCUCAGCCAGCUGGUCGGCCUGCCGGCCCUGUGGCGCUCCUCCCGUGCCGACGCACUCGUCUGGACCGGAACACUGCUGGCCGUGGUCCUUAUCGACAUCGCCGCUGGUUUGGCAGUCGGGGUGCUGCUGUCGCUGGGCGUGCUACUGUGGCGCCUCCAGCGGCCGCCGGCGGAACUACUGGGACGACUGCCCGGCUCGCAGUAUUACGUGUCGCUGGAGCGAUAUCAGGCGGCCGAGCCCGUGCCGGAAGUCUGUGUUUUCCGGUUCGGCGGCGCGCUGCACUUUUGUAACGUCGACUACUUCCGGCGGAGGCUGGCCACACUGACGGGACUGGAGAGAGCCCGCCUUUCACCGACCGAACGUCACGUGACCUCCGAACACAACUGGUGCCGCCCCGCCUCCGGCAGCAGACAGGACACGGAGCUGCUUACGCCACUAACGGCAGAUGACAGUGACACAGAGGAUUUCUGUCGUGUCGAGAGGCAUUGCUACCGUGCUCCCAAAGAGGAUCGGGACGCUAUAAUAGCUGAGGAAGGCGGCGAGGGUAGCAUACAGCUAAAGUUCUCGUGGCUGGUGCUGGACAUGAGUCGAGUGUCCUUCACCGACUCCACAUCCACGCGGGCCCUAUUGGCCACCGUUCGCGACUACCAGGAGCUGGGCGUACACUGCUGCCUGGCCGGCUGCACAGAUGCUGUGCUCGAUAUGCUGCAUUCAUGCCGAAGCCCUCUGGAAGAGAAGCAGAUGUACCCGACAGUUCAGGAUGCGGUGAGCUCUAUUUUCACCUCGGAAACUGGUCAGGGGAACGCUUCGGAGCACUGCAUCGAGCGCUAGUCUGUCGUCUUUGCUCGCUAGCUAUAGGCAGCAGACUGGACUAGCUGACCUACAAUCUGACUAGUCAUGUUUAGUCAUCUCGUAGCCAGACCAACUAUUGAUCGGUGAUCGUAACUAGUACACACUUAUUGGGACCAGAACGACUACCUUUAGUGAUAUACAGUAAUACGAGGUGAGACUUGUACCAGAAAAGGGUGAUAUCCAGUGAAAAGUUCGUCGAGUUUUUGCCAUGCUUUCAUACGACAUAGUCAGUGAAUAGUUGGGUGUGUGAACCAUUUGUGUGAAAGGUGUCUUGGAGUUGGAGGCAAAUCUCAUACCACAGCAAGUACGGUUAUUUUAGAAGACCAAAGACAAUAAGUUGCUACAUAAGAAUGGGAGUGAAGAAGUCGUUUGAACUGAAGUGGUAGGGUCAAAUAAAACUGAAGUAGGUCAAGUAGAAUGGAGAGUGUCACCAAUGUUCUGCAGUCAGCGACGGCCGUUUUCCUUACGAGUUGUGGUAGGCUAGCGUAGCGUAUGAAACUACAGUGCUGUAUGCUGAUCUCGACGAGAUAAACGGGAUGAAAGCUCAUGCACUAAGGUUUUGAUCGUAUCUUGGGGAUUUCAUUAUUUGCCAGGGAUGACUACCAUCGGCUGCCCCUAAUAUGUUGCCAUAUGGUCGAUGAUAUAUGAUUCGUCUGUAAGAUGUAAGUUUGUUUGUUAAUAAAUUCGUAAUCGUAGAGAA